AUCCACGCUCGUUUUCUGACGUUCUCUCCAUCCUGCCUCUCCUGAGAGCUAGUGUACGGGUCACCGCAGGGCAGCUACCGUUUUUCAUCAUGUCUGCUGAGCCGUCAGAAAAGCGCAGCAAGGUCCCCGUGACACUGGGGUACUGGAAAAUUCGAGGGCUGGCUCAGCCAAUACGGCUGCUGCUCAAGUACACUGGGACUGAAUUUGAAGAUGUGCAGUAUGACACUGGUGAAUCGUGGUUUUCGGUCAAAUUCACUCUCGGACUUGACUUUCCAAAU